AUGUUACCAUUUAAACAAGCUCAUGCAAAUCAUAAGUUUCGUGUUAUUGUGGAUAAUGCGCUUACUCACAGUGCUAAACAUUAUUCGGUUGAAUAUUUUGGAAUGAAGCCUGGUACGCGUUGUAAACCUGAUAAAAUAUUCUACAGAGCUGAAGAGGAGAUGGUUGCUAAUGACUAUGGUGUAGCAGUUAGUUUCUCGCCGAAGUUCCAUUACGAGUUAAAUCCUACAGAAGAAUUAUGGGCUCACCAAAAACAAUUCGUUCGACAUCGAAUAGACCAAACAUUCCCCACCAUGGUCAAAUUAAUUAACAAAUCAAGAAUAAAUUUCAUCCAGAAGAAUGUUUCUUUGAAAUUAAUGAGGAGAUUUUGGCGUACUUUAGCUGCUUACGAACGUGGUGAUUCUUAUGACUACGUUCUCAAGAUGUAUUUCAGUUCAAUGUACAAAGCUAACGUCAUUUCACACCGUCAAAUUAUUAAUUCCAACUCAAACAACUGA